GCGCAUCUAUGUUGAUACACAUCUAAAAAAACUGGACUAACAGAGUGUCUGCCUGCGCUGCCCUUGGCAUGGACUAAUUUUUGUUUGAUACGGAGGAAAAGUUUUCCAGCGUGGGGGAAAUUGUUUAUUAAAAAGAAAAGAAAGAGCUUGCCUUCAACUCCACUGGCUCGGAAAAUCUGGCGACCUGGCUCAAAUAGCCGGGGGCCCCCUCUGCUGCUGCACGAAGUGAAGGUUGAUAUGCCACAUCUGUGAUGGAGCCCAUGACGGUGACGACAUCGGCGGUCGGGCCGGAGGAGUCUGACCGCAACGGCCCACGGAUCUGCGGCGUGUGCGGCGACAAGGCCACCGGCUUCCACUUCAACGCCAUGACGUGCGAGGGCUGCAAGGGUUUCUUCAGACGCAGUAUGAAGCGCAAAGCCGCCUUCACCUGUCCUUUCAACGGGAGCUGCACCAUCACCAAGGACAACCGGCGUCACUGCCAGGCCUGUCGUCUCAAACGCUGCGUCGACAUCGGCAUGAUGAAAGAGUUCAUCCUGACCGACGAGGAGGUUCAGAGGAAGAAGGACAUGAUAAUGAAGAGGAAAGAGGAGGAGGCAGCCCGAGAGGCGAUGAGGCCACGUCUGAACGAGGAGCAGUCCCAGAUCAUCUCCAGUCUGGUGGAGGCUCACCACAAGACCUACGAUGCCUCCUAUUCCGACUUCUCCCGCUUCAGGCCUCCGGUUCGCGAGGGACCAGUAACACGUAGUGCCAGCAGAGCGGCCUCCCUUCACUCUUUGUCCGAUGCCUCCUCUGACUCAUUCAACCACUCAACCGAGUCCGUGGACACCAAGAUGAACUUCAGCAGCAUGUUGAUGAUGUACCAGGACGGCGCCAGCAGUCCCGACUCCAACGAGGAGGACACAAAGCUGUCUAUGCUUCCCCACCUGGCUGACCUGGUGUCCUACAGCAUCCAGAAGGUCAUCGGCUUCGCCAAGAUGAUCCCCGGCUUCAGAGAACUGACGGCAGAAGACCAGAUCGCUCUGCUGAAGUCCAGUGCCAUUGAGAUCAUCAUGCUGCGUUCAAACCAGUCGUUCAGUCUGGAGGACAUGUCCUGGAGCUGCGGGGGGGCGGACUUCAAAUACUGCAUCAACGACGUCACAAAGGCGGGUCACACUCUGGAUCUGUUGGAGCCGCUGGUGAAGUUCCAGGUCGGCCUGAAGAAACUGAGCCUGCACGAGGAGGAACACGUGCUGCUCAUGGCCAUCUGCCUGCUCUCCCCAGACCGCCCCGGCGUCCAGGACCACGGGCGCAUCGAGCAGCUCCAGGACCACAUGUCGGAGACGCUGCAGGCCUACAUCCAGGUGAACCACCCCGACGGGCGCCUCCUCUACGCCAAGAUGAUCCAGAAGCUGGCCGACCUGCGCAGCCUGAACGAGGAGCACUCCAAGCAGUACCGCUCGCUCUCCUUCCAGCCCGAGCACAGCUUGCAGCUCACCCCGCUGGUGCUGGAGGUGUUCGGCAGCGAGGUAUCAUAGUGGAGGAGGAGGUGGAGGAGGAGGCGGUGGUGCUGUGCUCGCAUGCACACACACACAGAACACACAUACACAUAAACACACACACACACACACACACUGAUAACCAACCCUUUCCGCCUCCCCCAGAGAGAACCCCAGCCCUGAUACACCUGGACGUGAGGGAGAGAAAUGGAUAAUCGCAGAGUUGGAUGUUUAGCUUCACCUCUUUAUCAUCAUCUCCCCGUCGUCCUGCUCGCGACCUCGAAGUGGCAAGGCUCAGAUGCCCGGACUUAUGGACUCAGUACACCUCAAUAUGCUCUCGGAUAACCAGAUUGUAUUUUAAAGCUUUGGAUUGGCAACACAGCGCCGCAUAACAUGAGGCAGACACCUAGCGACAGACUAACAAGCCUCCCGAUCCCCAAGCUCUUCCCAUCAGCGCCUCCCCCCCCCCACCCCCGGACACCCCCGCUAGAUUCUUGCCAUUUUUCCAACCCCACAGUGAAGACAGCUUGAUGGAUGUGACGGCCGCGCGUGCGUCCCUUCGACCAUUCCCCCCCCCCCCCCCCCCAGGACAUUGUUCAGUGCUCACGUCAUCCUCAGUGACUGAUGGGAACAGAUACACAGAUUCACCACGCGGGCCCUCGUGGGCUGGAGAGCGACGUUAGUACGAUCGCGUUCGGUGGCUCUAAACUCCUGUCGGCGGGCAGAGAAUUCAACCUGUACUAAACACCAGCCUGGCCAGUAAGCUCACGAUGACGCAGUUUCACAACGAACUGGCUGCUUCGCCCCCACCCUCCUCCCCCGUGUGUGUCUGUGCAUGUUUUUAAAGAGAGGUCUCGGAUGGUCGGCCGAAGCGCAGAAGGAGGUUUAAGUAAAAACGGUGAGGUGAGAUUUGAAGGGACGAGUAAAAGGAGGUGGGAGAGACGGAGGGAUGUGCUGCGGUGGGAAUUCCCUGUUCACGAGAAAAAAGGGAAUUUCACAAAACAAGAAUGUAUGUAUAAUGCUAU